GCAUGUGCCCCUCCCUGCCCACACGUUCUGCUCUAGCUCACCCCAAGUCCACAAGUCGAUCUUCUGAGACUCACCCCAGCACCCCCCCCCUUAACCACAUGAGCUCCAUUCUAUCCCAAAGGUGAAAGGGGUAGAGGGGGCUUCUGGAAUACCCCCUUUGUUUGGGAAAGGACCAUCCCUUUGUUUAGUCAGACUAUCCCAUAAAUCAACCAGUUAGCAUUCCAACCAUCCACCCACCCACCCACUCAUCCAUCCACCCAUCCAUUCAUUCAUCCAUCCACCCAUCCAUUCAUCCAUCCACCCACCCAUCUAUCCACACAUCCAACCCAUCCACCCAUCCAUCCACCCAUCCAUUCAUUCAUCCAUUCACCCAUCCAUUCAUUCAUUCAUCCAUCCAUUCAUCCAUCCAUCCAUUCACCCAUCCAUUCAUUCAUCCAUCCAUCCAUUCAUCCAUCCAUUCACCCAUCCAUCUAUCCACACAUCCAGCCCAUCCAUCCACCCAUCCAUCCAUCUUUUCAAUCAUUUCUUUAUUCAGCAAACAUUAACCAAACUUUUGUUUUAGAGAGAAUGGAAUCAGUUCAAAGGACUAUGUAUAUAUUUGAGCUCCUGUACCUGCCAAGCACAGUUAAAUUGUUUUGUUUACAUUAUAUCUUUUAACUCUGACAGUAUUACAGGAGACAUGUAUAUAGUUUUACGGAUUAAAAAAAAUUCAGAGGGAGUAAGCAGCUCAGCCCACAUCACCAAGCCCACAGCAGCAGGGCCCAGAUUCACCUACCUGGGUACCUUCAGUUUCUCAGCUCCUGUCCUUUCCUCUCUGCCAGCUGCCUCUGCAAACGCCCCCUAGUAGGGAAAAGAUCGCUGCGCAGUGGUAACCCAGAGGGGUGAGGAGAGCCUGGGGUCUCUACAGGCUCUGAUGACCCAGCUUCUCAGCAGCCCCACCCUGAGGGAGCCCCAGUCUGCCUGCAGGGUUGCCAGGCUGCAUCCCCUGCCCUCACCUCCGCCCGGCUCCAUUGACCCUCAUCAAGGUGGCCUGGUCUACUUCCCAAGGAGCCCCCAUGCCCUCCUGCCCCAGGGCAGCAUCUUUGGUGAAUCACACCCACCAUCUCCCAACCCAUUCCACCCUUCCAGCCCACUUCCACAUGGUCACAACUUCAGCUACCUGGAAGCCAGGUCCCUCCGACCACCUUCACCAGCUCUCACGCCCUCCAGCCUACACUCCUUUGCCAUCUUCUGGCCUCCACCUCAUUUCUUGUCUCUCAGUUCACACCCUGGCGGCUUCUGAGUCUUAAACUCACCCACGUCUCCUCCCCUUUAAGCCGUUGCUCCAUCCUGGAGAGCCCACAGGUGCCUUCCCACCCUCCUCGGCAUUCCCGAAGCCUGCCACUCCUUCUUGCAUGAACCCCCCACCAACCCUGGGAAGCCCCGAGCCCGAAGCCCCGCUGGCUGGAAGUGACUUCUUGCCCUGAGGGCCCUCCGCGUCUUACUGAGCCUGUGCCUGGUCGCACAGCCUCCCAGGAACCCAGAAGCGGGGCGUGACUUCCUCCUCGCCACACAGUUGCCUGCGUCCCCUGCAAACAUCAGCUUGGGGUAAGAGGUGGAGCGUAUUACCCUACAUAACAGGCCAGCUAUGUGGCUGGUUAAUGCAGACUGUGUUCUACCCAGAACUCUGCCUCUUCCUGACUACUCUGUCCCUGUCUUGAGGGGACACUGCCCCUCUGGUCACUCUGGUCCAGUCCUAGAAGGUAUUCCUCCCAGCCUCAGGCCCCCGCCCUUCAUUGUGAACUAGUCUAAUUCUCCACCCAGGCCCCACUCUCACCCUGUGGGAUGGGCACCCACGGCCCACCAGCCCAUCUUUCCUGCCAUGGGUACUCCACUCACUCCAAGGUCCAAACGUCCCUCCUCCCCCUUUUCACUCCUUCUUCCAUCCGUCCUCCCCCCUUACACACACAACCUUCCCCCCUGCAGAUCUGACUUCUGCCACCGUGGUCCCUCACACUCGGAGUGUCUAUCUACUGCAGCCGCCCCACCACCACCACCACCAUAUGACUGUCACAUCCUGCCCUGUGUGCCCAGGGCCAAGCGGGGUCCAGGGCCAAGAGUAGGCACCAAAGAGCCGACCUGUCAGUGAUUUUCUCCUUGCUUUUCUCCUCUUUCUCCUCUGCACCCUCUGCCUUUCCUGUCUCCCUCCUGCCAGUGAGGCCCCUCACAGCCUUCCUCACACCCACAAACGGUGGCCCAAGGGUCCACGCGGCUGGGACAGAGCCCUGGCAGAGGCCUCAGGGUGGAGGACGUUGCUACCGCGUCAGGGCUCCCUGCUCGAAUUCACUGCCUCGUCUGAGGGACUGGCUUCCCCGGACGUCAGAGGCACAGUGUCUGCAGCAUCAGUUGGGAAGUCUGAAUGAGUCACUUCACUCUAGUGUCCCCCUCUGCACCAGGACACAGAAAAAGGCAGCGCCACUUGUUUAUCAAAGCAUGUGCCCUGGGGUUCUUGUCAGGCACACAGGCUCUGGAGUCUGAGCGCUGGGUUCUAACCUUGCCCCGGCUACUGGUGAGUUGUGUGACCCAAAGCCAAGGGCUUGACCUCUCUGGGCCAAUGACAACUGUAGUCAUUCAACAAUAAGAUGGUUACAAGGGUUCGAUGAAUGGGUGUUUGUAAAGCCCUUAGAACCUAUUUGGCACUUACUCAUUAUAUAAAUGCUAGUUAUUACCAUUUAAAAGCUGGGGAAUGAGAGUUAGGCAGACACUGGGAGGUGCAGAGAAAGUGGGAGGAAGUAGAGAAUGGGUACUAAAUGGUGAGAGAGAGAGAGGGGGGGGGAACUCACAUGUAUAUGACGAUUGCGAGGUGCCAAGCACAUCUGAAGGGCUUUGCAAAUGUCAACUCUCGUAGUCUUUGUGACAAUUUUAUGAUUGCAGCCCUAUGAUUACCCGCAGUUUGCAAAUGAGGAAGCUGAGGCACAGAGAGGUCAAGUGCCUUGCCUCUGGUCACACAGUGGCAGGGCCAAUGCCUGUGGCCCUGAGGAAACCCAGCCACCUCCCCCCGCACAGUAGCAUCUCCUCUUACCCAUUCCUUCACUCGGGUGCACGUCUACGGAAGGCUUCACACAAGCCUUUCCAGAGUGGGCCCAGGUUCUGUGGAGGAAUUAGACAAGGAACUCCCUAAGGGAGUUCACAGACUGGUAGCUCUGGUCACACAGUACAAUAUGGAAAAGCCAGGGGUCCCCAGACAGACAAGAGGAGGAGGGGACUCUACAAGGGACUGGCAUGUGCAAAGGUCAUGUGGUACCAAACAGCUUCCUUCAUGCAGGGCUUUAAAAAGCAUGCUAAGAAAUGUCAAUCCCAUAAGCCAGUGAGACUCUCCAAUGAAAAACGUAAGUUCCAUUCCCAAAUAUUCUGAUAUGCACAGUCUGGGGCUGGCCCAGGAAUCUCUGAUUUUACACGUUCCCCAGGAGAUUCUGAUUGGAGGGCCCCUGGACCACACUUGGCACUUGAGGACCCCAGUCUGGAUGGGGAGGAAUAUGAGCAGAUUCAGAAGGAGCCCUCGGGCAGCCUGGUGGUGACAGAGUGGAGGAGCAGGAGGUUUACAGGAGCCGCCGUCUCUGUGAGCGAAGGGGCCUACUUUGUGGCUCAGCUGCUGGCCAUCUGCUUCCAGCUCUAUGCUCAUCAUCACUGGCCUGGCCUACUUCCUGCUGAGCAAGCGGAAAAAGAACAAAGCUGGCCCCGAAGCGCUGGCCCCCCCGGAGCAAUACACGGACCCCUCCGGCAGUGCCGUGAGCACCACUCGCUCUGGGGACACAGAGCAGACCUACACCUUCCACGGGGCCCUCAGGGAGGGGCCCGGCUCCCUCUUCACCCACAUGAAGAGCAUCCUGAAGCGGACCAAGAAGCCCAGCGCCCUCCCGCGUCCAGAUGCCCUGACGGAGCUGAUGUUGGAGCCCGCUGACUCGCUGGCCAAGAAGAAGCAGGUGCACUUUGAAGACAGCGUGGUCAGAAUCAUCCCAGCUCUAGCCGAGGGCCUGGACAAUGGGGACAGCGAACCAGAGGAGACCACCUCUGACACCACCCCCAUCAUCCCUCCCCCGGAGGCCCCCCUCUUCCUCUCAUCCCUCACAAGCACUGGCCUCUUCUGAGCAGCUUGUUCCAGGCUGGGGGGUGUUCAGCAAAGGGUCUGCAGAGACAGAUGGCAGCCCUGCCUGGAAUUUCCUGAUGUCAAAGGGCCCCCCAGGGGGCUCAGGGUCUUCACAGGUCAGCUGUUCAAAGGGUGACCUGACAUCCCUGCGGUGGCUGGGCCUCUGGGGCCAUCGAGUGGCAUGACAGAUCCUUCGGAGACCUUGAGGGCAGCACAGAUGACGCUCAUGCUGCCUCGAGCCCACACAGGUUCGUCCCUUCUGGACAUCGAGUGGAGAAAUCCUUGUGUUUUCCCCCAAAGAGACCAUAGCACAAGGCUGCCUCAGCCCAGGAGAAGCCAGGGGGCUUCUCUUGCUCCUGACACAGGGCCUAGCACUCAGCAAGGACUCAUGGCCCAGCUCAUCUUUGGUGUGACAUUUCACCUCUGAAGGCCCAGAGAUGCUUCGGCCACUUACGUAUCACAAACGCAGGUGUCGACGGUGCCCGUGGGUCCGGAACUCCAACCAACUGAGAUUGUUGAGGACGAGGAGUGGGGAGGGAAGGCAGGGCUGCAAGCCCUCGGGGUAGGAGCAGCCCCAAGCCGGGGGCAGCAUUCUCUGCGUGCUCUGGGGCUGGCGCCUGGCAAUAGGAGUCACAGGGCGACUCGGGGAAACAAUGCUGCUCUGUGCUUGCUACUGGGAAAGCCAGGCCAGAUAAAUGAUGCUCAUUCCAGAAGCAUCUCUGAGGGCCCCCUGAAUCCCCACCACAUGGGCUCUCAAGAUUCCAAGUAGAUGAUGUAAACUAGAGAUACUGAAAGCCAGUGACAGUCUGGCAGUGCAGGCCAACACACAAGACAAGGCGCCUGCUGUGUGCAGGGACCACAGAGGCGGCAACCUGGAAACUCACGUAGCGUGGAGAAGGGCCUCUGCCACGCUUCGGUGACUGGUAGCAGAAUAGGUGAUAAAUGUGUCUGUUCAAGAUGGGAGCGAAGGAAGGAAAAAGGGGGAAGAGGGAAGAUAGGAAAGUAGGCAGGCGGCUGGCUACCCCUCUGCUAUGGGGCUUUGAAAGUGACAGUUAACCCAGAAUGAGGGGGAGGGUGUAGCUCAGUGGUAGAGAGCCUGCUUAGCAUGCACGAGGUCCUGGGUUCAAUCCCCAGAAUCUCCAUUAAAUAAGUAGAUAAACAAAUAGGUAAGUAAACCUAAUCAUCUCCCCUGCAUAAAUAAGUAAAUAAAUAAAAAUUUUUAAAGGAGGGGGAGGAGAUAGCUCAGUGAUAGAGUGCAUGCUUAGCAUGCAUGAAGUCCUGGGUUCAAUCCCCAGUAACUCCAUUUUAAAAAAAAAGAGCAAACCCAGAAUGAGCAAAGAAAGUUGAAUCAUAUAUUCCUUAGUUAAGUAUAUAUAUUUUUUAAAAGUGUUCGGUCCAUGGGAUUGUUGCAAGGCGGAACAGAUACAUUGUUCUCCACGGGCAAUCCUAAUUCAUGAACAAUCUGAAGAAACUGUUACAUUGCUGCCCAUUCGUGUGUGUGAGCAAACCCCAGCGUUCUGCAGAACAAGCCUUAGAGCACAUGCUUCAAGGUCUCGAUAAGAAAUGUGUCCUCAUUCUCAUUCUUUUCAACACUCCCUACAGGUUAUUUUGCAAAUAUGUGGAAAUAGCAACCAGCAGCUAGUGUCAGUUUGGUGCCUGAAUGCAGCAGGUGCACCAGACGAGCAGACUUCUCCCGGCAGUAACCCAGAUCUCCCAUGAACCCAAGUGAGAAAAGACAAACAUGUUCUCAUAAGCCCUCAAAGGUGGAAGCAGUAGAGCUGUUUCUGUAGCUGCCACCAAGGAGGGACUUCAGGGUCUGAGAGUCACAGCUGGAAGAGAAGGAACGUGGUCGUGGGUAGGCAGGGAUUGUGCCCAAUUCCUCAGGGGCCAGGUGUCUGCACAGAAGGAGCCAAGUGGGGAGGAGCCAGGGUCCCCACCUGUCACAUGGGGAGGGGAAUGUGAUUGGCACAGACACCCUCACGGCACAGGUUCUCUGGGGAACCUGACGGUCCUGCUCCAUUCUCAGCCCAAGUCAGCAGAGCUGGGAGGAUGACAAGGUCUCAAGAAGCCAACUUCAAAGUAUAAUGUCAGAGUUUUCAGACCCCAUUUAAUAUAUCCCUCUGUAAACCCAAGUGCUACAGCACUGGUCUGGAUGUGUCUUCAGGGUGAGGUGGGCGCUGGGAGUUCAGGUGAUAUGCAUGUGAUUUGGAGACAUCUAGGCUUCCUGGAGCCUGUCAUCAGUUAAGGGAAACUGCUGGGUGUCUGCUAAGUGCAUUAGAGAUGUAGGUGAUUGCAAACUUACCUAGAUUAGCAAGUAAAGUUCUUGAACACUCUUAUUGCCGACCUGCCCCCCAAAAAAGGCUAGGAUGGGAUCAUUAAAUAGACCAGAGUCCUCAUCUCUGUCAGUAGACCAGACAAGAAAGUGGCUCCUUCCUUACAAGCAGGUGAACACCACGUCUCCAUUUGAUUCUCAGCCCCAGACCCUACAACUACAUCCUUAUCUACUGCUAAGCCUGCGAAGAUGUAACGACCCCCAUCCUCAAUGAGACCCAAAGACCAGAAGGGCUGACCCUGUUGUAGCCUGCCUCCCUCCUCAGUCGGAGACACAGCAGAUGUUACGUGGACGGAGAACAGAGCUAUUGGAGGGAGACCACCGGGCUGAAGGUCAUUAAAUCUGCCCUUAACAGGCUGAUUGACCUUGACUAAUGCCCUUCACUGCUCUGGUUUCAGGUUCUUCUGUUAACUGGGAAUAACAGCACUUCUCUCUGGAUUGGUGCAUUGAGUCUUCCAAGAAAAAAUGGAGAAAGUGCUUUUCAGAUGACAAAUCACCCAAGUUGCUGUGAGUGUGUGUUCCUCUUACUGUGGGGGCCUCAGUGGGAGGAAGCCCCAAAGUAAAGAAGCACUGAGGACACAUCGCCAAGGCUUGUCUCUAGGGCAAGGCCAAUGCAGGUCUCAACUCCAGAUUCCAGGGCUUGAGGCUGGGGCUGGUGUAGACCCCAUCCUCCAGCUUAGACAGAACCAUCAUAACAGAUCCCCAAUCAUGAGGAGCCAUGUCCUGGGGGUCAUCCAGUAUUCCAAAAUCUCUCCCAUCCAUCCUAAAGGAAAUGUUUUUUUUAAGUUUUUAAAAUACCUUUAUUGAGAUACAAUUUGAGUAUCAUAAAAUUCACCAAUUUAAAGUGUGUAAUAAAAUGUUCUUUGUUAGAUUCGUAUUCAAGUUCAUCACAGUCUAAGAUCACAAUAUCUUCAUCACCCCUAAAACAGUUUGUUACCCAUUAGCAAUUAUUCCCCCAUCCCACUUCACUCCUACCCUGGCAACCACUAAUCUACUUUCUGUAUUUAUAGAUUUUCCUAUUCUGGACAUUUCACGGAAAUUGAAUCAUACAAUAUGUGGUCUUUUGAGACUUGCUUUGUUCACUUAGCAUAAUGUUGUCAAGGUACGUCCAUGUUGUAACAUGUAUCUUUGUGUUACUGCUUUCCAUGGCUGAAUAGAAUUCACUUAUAUGAAUACACUACUUGUGUUUAUCCAUUCAUCAGUUGAUAGGCAUUUGUGUUGUAUCCAUUUUGUGGCUAUUAUAAACGAUGCUGCUAUGAACAUUUUCAUGUACAAGUUUUUGGGUGGACAUAUAUUUUCAUUUCAAGUGGCAUUGCUUUGGUCAAGUGGUAACUCAAUAUUUAACUUCUUGAGAAACUGCCAAACUGUAUACCAAAGGGGCUGCACCAUUUUACAUCACCAUCAACGGUGUGUGAGGGUUCUGAUUUCUCCACAUCCUCAUCAAUAUUUGGUAUUGUCUGAUUUUUUUUUAUUAUAGUCAUCCAUUAAUUAUGUUUUUUUAAUCAAUUAUGGUUUUGAUACACAUUUUCCUAAGGACUAAUGGUUUUGAGCAACUUUUUAUGUGAUCAUUGUCCACUUAUAUAUCUUCUUUGACAAAUGUCCAUUCAAGUGCUUUGCCUUUUUUUAAAUUGGGUUAUUUGGCUUUUUACUUCGAAUUGUAAGAGUUUUUUAAAAAUAUAUUCUGGAUACUAGAUUUUUACCAGGUAUAUUAUUUAAGAAUAUUUUCUCCCAUUCUGUGAGUUGCCUUUUUUACUUUCUUGAUAGAAUCCUUUGAAGCACAAAGGAUUUAGUUUUGGUGAAGUCCAAUUUAUCUAUUUUUUUUCUUUUGUUGCUUAUUCUUUUGUGGUCAAGUCAAAGAAACUGUUGUCUAACCAAAGGUUAUGAAGAUUUAUUCCUAUAUUUUCUUCUAAGAGUUUUAUAGUUUUAGUUCUUAAAUUGAGAAAUAUGAUCAAUUUUAAAGUAAUAUUUGUGUAUGGCAUGAGAUAGAAUCUAAUUUAAUUCUUUUACAUGUAUUUAUCCAUUCGUUUUGUCACCAUUUGUUGAGUUGAAUUGUCUUGGCAAAAAUUUAUAGACCAUAAAGGGUUUAUUUCUGGACUUGCAACUCUAUUCCAUUGAGCUGUGUGUCUGUCCUUAUAACAUUACCACACUGUUUUGAUUACUGUCACUUUAUAGUAAGUAUGUUUUGAAACCAGGAAGCGUGAGCUCCCUGCUUUGUUCUUUUUCAAGAUCAUUUUGGUUAUUCAAGGUCCCUCAUACUUCCAUAUGAAUUUUAGGAUUGGCUUAUCAAUUUCUGCCAGAAAGCAAGCUGGGAUUUUAAUAAGGAUUUUACUGACUCUGUAGAUCAGUUUUGAGAGUGCUCCCAUCUUCACAAUAUUAAGUCUUCCAAUUGAUGAAUAUGUAGUAUCUUUCCACUUAUUUAGAUCUUCUUUGAUUUCUUUCAAUAAUGUUUUAUAGUUUCCAAUGUGCAAUUUUAUUUUAUUUUAAGUAUUUUAUUCUUUUUCAUGCUUUUUAAAGAGGAAUUAUUUUCCUUUUUUCCCCAGCUUUAUUGAGGUAUAAUUGACAAAUAAAAAUAUAUAUUUAAGUGUAAAAUGUGAUGAUUUGAUAUAUAUAUAUAUAUACACAUUGUGAAAUGAUUUCCACAGUCAAGUUAAUUAACAAAUGUAUCACCUGUUACCUCUUGUUAAAUUUUAUUUUCAGUUGCUAGUAUGUAGAAAGAUGAAUGGUUUUUGUGUAUUGAUCUUAUAUCUUGCAAACUUACUGAACAAACUUAUUUACUUAUUUAUUUUUUUAUUUCAAUUAUAUAAUAUAGUUUAUCAGCUGUGGUUACUGUGUUUUACAUUAGAUCCUCAGACUUUACUCCUCUUAUAACUGAAAGUUUAUAUCCUUACCAACCUCUUCCUAUUUACCCCACCCCUCAGCCCCAAAUAUAAGUGAUACUAUGCA